ACAUAUUGCGCGUAGGUCCAACGUUACAACAAGAUUUAGUUCUUUUGAUCCUCCGUUGGCGUAUCUUCAAAUUCGUGUUUAACUCGGACAUUACUCAAAUGUAUAGGCAAGUUCGUGUAGAUUCAAAGCAUUCGCCCCUUCAGAGAAUUUUGUGUCGGAAUUCAACAACAAAACAGGUCCUAGACUACGAACUACAGACAGUGACGUUCGGUGUAAAUUGUGCACCAUAUUUAGCGAUUAGAACGCUUCUUCAACUGGCCGAUGAUACUGAGUCAGAGUUUCCCCUCGCGGCGCAUAUAUUGCGAAAAUGUAUGUACGUUGAUGACGUUUUGGCAGGAGCUCACGACAUCGAGACUGCGUUGGCAGCUAGGGACCAGUUGAUUAGGGCACUAUCGUCGGCAAAGUUCGAGCUGCGAAAAUGGACAGCGAAUAAUAGAGCUAUUUUGGAUCGCUUCCCCCCUGAGCAUUUGGUAGAUGCUCAGCUUUUAUCGUUUGUAGAAGCUAGUAGUUCUAAACCCCUGGGUAUUAGGUGGAAUGCGCGUUUAGAUUGUUUCUUCUUCGAAGUGAGUCCUAUUGUCAAUAAACACUUCACUAAAAGGGAAGUUCUUUCGGCAAUCGCGAAAUUGUUUGACCCUGUCGGUUGGUUGGCCCCUGUGAUUGUUAGGGCGAAAAUGAUAAUGCAGAAGAUUUGGCUGGACAACAUUGGUUGGGAUGAUCAACUUCUGGCAGCUACUGAGGCUGAAUGGAGAAGUUUUGUCGAAACAUAUCAGCAUGUUAACUCGAUUAGGAUACCUAGAUGGGUUCAAUAUGUUCCAGGAUUUUCUGUUGAGCUUCAUGUCUUUUCCGAUGCCUCGGAAAAGGCAUACGCGGGGGUAGUAUAUAUACGUGUCGAGUCCCCCGAUGGAAAAAUCUUCGUUAAUUUGCUAUCGUGCAAAACGAAAGUCGCCCCUUUGAAAUCAAUUUCGCUUCCUCGCUUGGAACUUUGUGGAGCAGUUUUAGCAUCAGACCUAUUGAAAACUAUUGUGCGGGAAAUAGAUCUGCAAUUUAAUCAAAUUUAUUGUUUGACAGAUUCGACUAUAGUUCUUGCCUGGUUGAAGAGAACCCCCUCUACUUGGACGACUUUUGUAGAAAAUGUUGGCAAUCAUAAUUGGUACCAUGUUAAAUCCGAAGAUAACCCCGCUGAUUUAGGAAGUCGAGGAUUGUCUCCGAUAGAAUUGUCCGCCUCCCCCCUGUAGUGGAACGGUCCUAGUUGGCUAGGUAAAACUAAAUCGGAAUGGUCUAUUCGUAAUCUGGCUCCGAUUAGUACUGAAAUGGAAAUGCGCCCCGUUAAAUGUCACUUUGCUUUCUUUCCGUCGACAUUUAAAGAGAUUUUGGAAGCUUUUUCUUGUUUGUGUAGAACUCUUUGUUCGUCAUGAUCAGCUUCCCCCAACGUCGUGGAUAUUAGGGCGUAUAGAAAAUGUUUUUCCGGGCACCGACGGUCAUGUUAGAGUCGCGGACGUUCGAACGGAAAACGGCGUUGUAAGACGGCCCAUUACAAAGUUGGUCGUCUUGACCGACCACACUCCCGCAAACGAAUAAUAUUGUUCUCUUCUCAUUAUAUAGUUUGUCGGUGAAAAUCUAUUCGGAAGAAGAACUUUUGAAUGUUGAUGACGGUAUUGAAUACAAUGAACCUCGGACCACCGAUCCCCAAGCUGGAAUGUCGUCAGCUGCAGUGGAAGCAGCCCUUAUUGAGCCGAUCGCGGCUGUAAAAAUAUCAGAACGUGGGUCCGAAUCCGAUAAAGCGGAUUCAUCUGCGGCCCUCGCUGAACAGAUGCAAACCGAGUCCAAAUCCAUAGCAACGGAUUCAUCUGCGGCUCCGGUUCUUGAUUCACCCCCCAAAAAUGAUACAUUACAAACCGAGUCCGGAUCUUCGGGUCCAUCUGCGGCUCCGGUUGCCACACCUCAUUUGGAGGAGUGGGAAAAAAAAUUUAAGGUCCGAAACCCAUAAAGUUUAAUCUGCGGCCUCACAUAAAUGUCGACUUUGUGAUCGCAUGCACCCGCUGGAUAGAUGUAGUGACUUCCGGGUUAUGAAUGUUGACAUGCGACGUCGCAUUGUCCUAAAAUACAAUGACUACAUACGGUGUUUAUCUAAAUCCCACCAAGCUAGGGACUGCCGAAGCAAAAGAAAAUGUGCCGUAUGCAAUGAAGAACACGACACCCUCCUUCAUGACGACACGAAGACCGUGGUUAAACCCACUAAUAAUCGUCAGCGUCGUCCGCGGACCGAGUAUAGGUAUUGGUCACGUAACAGUCCCUAUAGUCGUCCGUCUGAGAACGCUCCCCCCUCGCAGAUAGGAUUGGUCGGCUUGUUGUCCCUCCAAACAGGUAUCUGCCUAUCCCCGACUUUGAUAGUCAAAAUUAUGUCGUCCGAUCGACCCAUAAUUGUGAGGGCGGUUUUGGACCCGUGUAGUAGGCAGAGUCAGAUAUGUUCCUCUUUGGCGCAUAAUCUUCGACUCUCUACUUCUAGAAUCGAAGGUAGCCAAAUAUGUCGGCUGACCGUUAGUUCGAUCUAUGACCGGAGUCAGUCCAUUUCAAUUGUGGCUGUGGUAACCAAUUUGGACCAUGCGCUUACGCCUACAGCGGUAAUCCCCGAGCGCAUUCGUGACUCAUUUUUAGGUCUUCCUUUGGCAGAUCCCGAUUUUAAUAGGCCUGGUCGGGUGGCCUUGGUACUCGGGCCGGAAGUUUAUGCCAGGGUCGUAACUCAUCGGGUGCAAGCGACGCCAGGGUUGCCGAUAGCCCACUACACCAUAUUUGGGUGGGUAUUGUCGGGCAUAUGUAACAUAAUGUUACACAAUGUUUUAAAAAAAAAAAAUGAUAUGAAUUGAGAAAUAAAGAAAAAAAAAAUUGAAUUAAAUUAAAAUUAAAUUGGAAAAAAAGUUGAAAAAAUGUAUUUAUUAUUGUAUUUUAGAUACAACAUCUCAAUAUGUUUCAAGGUGGGCGGCAUGUUUAAUUUAGAUUGGUAAUUAUUGUUUUGUAACGUUAACAAUGGGUUAACGCAUAAUUAAUUUGUAAAUGAUUAACCUCGUUUAGAUCUGUCAACGUAAAUGUAAACAGAUUUCAACGAGUGGCGAAUGGCGCCAAAGCCUCCACCUUCCUUCAUGUUUUGAUCGUUGGUUUUACACUCGUCUCUUCUAUCUCUCGAUACGAAGUCGCGCUCCCCCGCUAUUGUGCAAAUCAGGUAAUCUGUCUUACCAACUAUUAUUUAUUAUUAUUAAUAAAUACGGCCAUUGCCAUUAUUAUUAAAACUAAAACCCCCCUAUUGUGUUUUUAUUUAUAUAUUGAUUUGAGCUUUGCAUCUUUCCCCGCAUUGGCGCAAACACACUGUGAUGCAUAUAGAACGGGGAUAGGUAGAGUAUUGGUGCAGAAGGAUGCGGAGGGUGAAGAGUUUCCAAUCGUCCCUACGUCGAAAAAAAAUCAAUAAACCCAGCGUAAUAAAUUUCGAUGAUCACUCUCUUUUAGAAGUAAAUGCUGGUUGUUUGUUGGUCUCUAUUCUGAUCACUUUAAAUCGAAUGGGUACAAUCAACUUAUAAAGAAGGACGAUGGAUCAUGCUACGGGUGAGAAGGUCCAUGAAGACCUAGCGUUGAAGGUGUGGAUUCCUCGGCGCAUGCCCUUGGACGUUCUAAGGUAAGCUCAUGACGAUCCCUUGUUGUCACGCCGUGGAAUAAACGAAACCUUAUAUUA